CGAAAUAGUUUUGGACAGUCUAACAGUUAGAACUUAGAUGGCAGCAGCAUUGAAGAAACUUGCUGACAGUUUCCUGGAAGAUAAGUUGUCAUGGGAACCGUCUACAUUUCUUGGAUCUGUCAGAGAGCUAGUUGAUAGAGAGGAGACCGCAGCAGUCCUUGAAAUUCUGCAGAAUGACCAUUAUAAGGAAUUGGUGGAGUCAGUAGCAUGGGAUCUCUUCCCUAUCAUCACUCCGCAUGUCACUGACACAGAGACGAACAAUGAAGUUUAUAACAACUCAGCACAGAUGCUCAACACUUUGGCUGAGAUCGGGAAACCUAAAGAGAUGAUCUUGGGUUACUUAGAGCAGCUUGAUAGAUUCCUUGAUGAUGGCUCCUACAGAACACUCCUCAGACCACUAUCAACAGUUUUGAUGCGAUUUGGACUUACAAAGAGUUAUCACCUCAAUCAGUCAUUUCUCCUACUCUAUGCCCACCUACAGACAAUCAAGUUUCCCAGCACUCAAGGUUUAGACGAGAAGCAGAGACGCCUCUUGCUUGAGGAUCCAGAUGUCUUGAGGCUUGGGAGAAGCACCAUAGCCGUUCUGGAAUUCUUGGCUCCGUUCAUCUUUCAGGUGGAAGAGAUGCUCUAUGGAAAUGCCAGGGAACUGUCAGAACUGGAAAGGACAGAGGUGGAAAACUCCAAGAUUGAAAUUGCAAAAUUGUUAAUAAAAAUACUCGACUAUCCUUUGGCAAGAACAGACCUGGCCUGGAAAGCAACCGAAGAAGACUCAGAUGUGCCAAGACACAAGUCAGAUUUCAGACUGUGUGCGGAACAAGUUAUGACCUACCUAUCAAGGCUCCAGUUUAGCUUCAACCAACUCCUCUGCUACGGCCGAGACUUCAAUCUUCCCGUAGCGCCCUCAACGGAAGCUGAUGAUCUGCUUGAGGACGACCAAGGUCCAGGAGACAUCACAGGUCUUCCUGCUCUAGGUCUAGGAUGCUUUGUCUAUCUGGUCCAAGUAGAAGAGAUGGAAGAUGAUAGACUUCCAGCAGUUUACAGUUGUGACCAUCUGCUACAACUCACAAAUAUGUACAUAGCAGCCUUACUGAGGAAAGCAGAAGAAGAACCUGUCUUCAAGGGUUUGUCUUUGCUGUCAUUACUGGUAGAAGGAAUUGAGGAUGGUGGACUACAUCACAGAAUCCUAGAUAACACAUUCUAUGAAGACCUCCCCCAAAUGCUAUCAGUUGUCAUGGUUAUGAGUCCUCUCAACAUUGUUAGGCAAGAGGCUUUAAAGGUCUUCCCUGUCUACAUCCGCAAGUUUGAUUGGAAAGGACGUUACAGGUUACUGCAGCUCCUGCUGAAGAAUACAGUCCAUUCUGGUGUUUGUGGGAUGGUCAUCGGGAUGGUCAAGGAUUACGUCCAUCACACCUUACAGCAUCAUGACAAUGACUGGUUCGUUGGUCAUCGUUUAGGGGAUCUAUUCUCUCUCAUCUUUUCAUUACCCAACGGAGCAGAGAGUGACAUGCUGGAAUUGUCUGACAAGGUUAUGGCAGCUCUCAACUGUUUACGUUUCCUUCUCCUGCGGGAUUCAGCGAGUGUGAACGAGACCGGUAUCUGGUCCCACAUACCACACAUAGAGAGGGGCUUCAUUGACCCUCUUCAUACUGGUAUCAACCUGUCCAUUGCCCACUAUCAGACCAGGAUGACAGCCCUCAUGGAUGAACACAAGGCACGAGGAAAGAAUAAAUCAGGACCUGUGCCUUCUGGUAGUCUGACCGUGGCAGGCCAUCAGCUUCCAGUCAUGCCACCUUCUCAACAAAUGCAUGUAAUGAAGUCGGCGUGCUUUACAUACGAGCUGAUGCAAAGCAUUGUGGGACGGGUUCGGGACAUCCUGUCCGCCAACGAGAGGUCGUCGGAUCCCCCAAGGUCAGAGGUCAAAGAUGAAAGCAUGAGUUGAUGGGUAUUGAACACUUUGACUGUGAUAUUGAUGAAUACCCUGGUCUGAUAUGGAUCACAUGACAUCAUCAGCUUGGUUUAAAGGUCAAAGGUGAAAGCAUCGGUAUGUUGAUGAUACAGCUGCAAUGAUAAUACUGUGUGUGAAAGUAUACUCAAGACUGCUUGAAAGGACCACAUGAUGUGAUCACCUGUGCUCAGACAUGAUAGUUGGAAGUGAAUCAGAAUGGAAUACCUGGCAUCAUGUGUAUGUCGUGUCAAAGGUCUAAGAUGGGAAUGUUAUGAGACAGUGUCAUAGGUCAAAGGUCAAGUAUGAGUUUAUCAAACAUAUUAGGAAAUAGUAAGUGAAUUAAAAUGGAAUACAUGGCAUCAUCUGUAUGUUUUGUCAAAGGUCUCAGCAUGAGAAUGUUACCAGAGAUUGUCAUAGGUCAAAGGUCAGGUAUGAGUUUAUCAAACAUAUUAGGUAAUAGUAAGUAAAAGAGAAUGGAAUAUGCAUUUCAUAUGUAAGAUGGCUAAGCAUAAGAAUGCAGACGGUGCCAACGGUCAGAGCAUGAGAAUGUUUAGAGACGGUGUCAAAGGUCAAAGCAAUAGUUGAUCAAGACACAUUGUGAAAGGUCAAGUGCAACUCUGUCAAACAGCAGGUCAAUGUUAAAAGCAUGAGAUGGUCAAGAGACAGGAGAAAAGGUCUGUCAUAGGUCAAAGGUCAAGGCAAAAUUGAUCCACAGUUUGAGAGGUUAGGUGUAGCGCUGAGUCAGGUCAACGGUCAAAGCAUGGAAUCGUCAAAGAGAAAGUAUGGACGGUCAGUUGCACUUCUGUAUCAUAGGUUAAAGGUCAAAAGCAUGAGAUAGCCAAGGGACAGUAUGAAAGGUCAUGUGCACCUCUGUGCCCUAGUUCAUAACAAGAGAUGGUCUAAAGACCGAUUCUUGGCAAUCAUUUCCACUUUUCUUUUGUCAUAGUCGCUCCAUAGUCGAUCCAUCAGAUAUACUUGACUUCUAUUAAGAACAACAUUUGAUUUUGCAUCAUUAGAUCUUGGAAUAUGACAAUAGAUACACAAAAAAAGGAAAUAAUAUAGCAAUUACUUGCAUUAAACAUCUAUUUUUUAGAUGCUUUGGAAACAACAACCUAGACUAGGGACCUUGAUUUAUUUGUGAAUUUAUUAUUCAAAUUAAUUUUGUUUAAAGAAGCAUCAAUGAUGUGACCAAAAAAAACGAAUUAUCUCAUUGUUUAAAUAAUGCAAAGAACAUUACUUCCAGAAUUAGAAUUAAAUUUAGUAUUACUAAAUUUAAUCUUUUAAAAAGAAAUGGGUUUUUUAAUUUCUGCACUAAAUAGACUAGUUAUUUAGAAAGUCAUUUGUAACUUCGAAUGCAUUUAAAC